CAGCCCUACAGAGGGAUGUCCCAGCCGCGCCUGCUCAGCCUCCUGCUGGCGCUGGUCUUCUACUGCCAGGGACAUUCAGCCCAGAUCAUGGAUUUCCUCUUUGAGAGCUGGAAGGCCUACAGCGAGGAGUGUCACCAGAACAUGAGCCUGCAGCCCCCACCCACAGAGCUGGUCUGUAACCGAACCUUUGACAAGUUCUCUUGCUGGCCCGACACGCUGCCCAACACCACAGUCAACGUCUCCUGCCCCUGGUUCCUGCCCUGGCACAGGAAAGUGAAGCACAGAUACGUCUUCAAGAAGUGUGGGCCAGACGGGGAGUGGGUGAAGCGCCCCAAUGGGCAGCCCUGGCGGGACAGCACGGAGUGUGAGAUGGACGCAGAAGAUCUCGAAGCCCAGGAUAAAUUUGCCAAAACCUACGGCAGCUUUAAGAUAAUGUACACGGUUGGCUACUCAGUGUCCCUGGGCACCCUGCUCCUCGCCCUGGCCAUCCUGCUGGGCUUCAGCAAACUGCACUGCAUGCGGAAUUACAUCCACAUAAACCUCUUCGCCUCCUUCGUCCUGAAAGGGGUCUCGGUGCUGGUGAUCGAUGCCCUGCUCAAGACCCGCUACAGCGAGAAGAUUGAUGACUACAACGUGGGCAUCUGGCUCAGCAAUGAGGCCGCUGCCGGCUGUCGAGCAGCCACCGUCUUUAUGCAGUAUGGCAUCGUGGCCAACUACGGCUGGCUGCUGGUGGAGGGAAUCUACCUCCACAACCUGCUGGUGCUCGCUGUCUUCUCCGAGCGGAGCUACUUCACCCUCUACCUGUGCAUCGGCUGGGGGGCCCCGGUCCUGUUCCUCAUCCCCUGGGUGGUUGUGAAAUUUUUAUAUGAAAACAUUCAGUGCUGGAGCACCAACAACAACAUGGGCUUCUGGUGGAUCCCCCGCUUCCCUGUGUUCCUGGCCAUCCUGAUCAACUUCUUCAUUUUCAUCCGCAUCAUCCAGAUCCUGGUCUCCAAGCUCCGUGCCCACCAGAUGCGCUACACAGAUUACAAAUUCCGGCUGGCGAAGUCCACACUGACGCUGAUCCCGCUGUUGGGCAUCCACGAGGUGGUGUUUGCCUUCGUCACGGAUGAGCAUGCCCAGGGUACCCUGCGCUAUGUCAAGCUCUUCUUCGACCUCUUCCUGAGCUCCUUCCAGGGGAUGCUGGUGGCCAUUCUGUACUGCUUUGUCAACAAGGAGGUGCAGUCGGAGCUGCUGAAGAAGUGGCAGCGCUGGAAGCUGGGCAAGGACCUGGAGGAGGAGUACAAGCACACGUACAGCCAGACCCCCAAUGCUCGCAACGGGGGCAGCAGUACUUAUGAGAAGCACAGGCUGGUGGGCAGCUGCAUCACUGGGCUGGGGCGGAGUCAGCCCACAGCGCACACCAGCACCCACUACCUCGAGAAGACGGGCUGCAGCACCACCGAGAGGCACCAGUGCUACGAGUUCCCCGAAACGGCCGCCAGCAACUUCUGAGCUCACCCCCCGCCACGCAGCCAGGGUGCUAGGCCCACGCCCGUCGCGAGCAGGCUCUGCUGGGCAGGGAGAGGGAGCCAAGGGCUCAGGCAUCGGGCUUGCAGGGACAUAAAGCAAGAGGCAGUGCCUUUCAGCCCUUCCUGGGGUGUCCGGGGAUCGGGGUAUACACCAGGGUGUCAGGGCCUGACGACAGGCAUGCUGAGAAUGGAGCGUGUCCUGCUGCCCCUCUCCAUCCUUUGGCAGCAUGUGCCAGGUGGGCAAGGGAUGGUGUCUGUGCACAAGGUCUGCACCCCAGCACAAGUCCACAUGGAGGGCACAGCACCCUGUGCCAGCCUGGCAGGGUGU